CGUCACGUGUGCGUGACAGCGGCCGACGUGUCCGGACUCGUUCGCGUUCUCGGCCGAUACUCCCCGACACGGCGGAUGCGUCGAUUCCGCCUUUCAUCGAGCGGCCUCGCAAAAACUGAAAGGAAAGCGGAAAACCUCGACUGCGGCGUCGGAAUUAAACCGAAGCUCGACGCCGGGCCCGGAAGAGAAAAUACGAGUCGCUCCCGAUGGACGGACCGGGGACGAUAACGUGGGAGGAGUUCCUCGCCGACGCCGAGGAUUUGGUCCGGCUCUCGGACGAGAUUUCGGACCGGUGGGAACUUCGGGGCGAUAAGACUCUACCGGGCCGUGCGUACUUGGCCCGACGAACGAAGACCUUCGUUUCCAGCGAUUUUCUCGUUGACGAACGAGCGGACGAAUUCGAGUCGAUUGUGCCGGAGCCAACGAGUGAUCCCUUCGAGGCGACAUCCGUCGUCCAGAGACCGCUCGUCACGGAACAUCACGUUCUAUGGUCCAUGAGCUACGGCGUUCCGCUGCUCUAUUUCAAUGCUUGGAAGUCUGACUUUGCAGGAGUCAAUCCGGUGAGCGUGGAAGCGGCUCAAAAGCUGGUACCUCAAGGAUCUCUGGGAUACGGAGAAUUGUCUCAAGCCAUGCACCCGAUCCAGGAUCAGCCCUUCAUGUAUUUACAUCCAUGCAGGACUCGAGAACUCCUGCAGAUAACGCACAAGAGCAAGAACAAAUUGGUCAGUUGGCUCAGCGCGAUAGCUCCAGCGGCCCUUUAUUUAAAAACCAGGCCGGAAUACUACGAGUUGACUUUAGGCCAAGGACGGAGGCAGAGCGCAGCCGGUCACGAGGACAGCGGGAACAGUGAUAAAGACGACGAAGACAGCGAUAAAAAAGAUCGCUGCGAGUUUCACCAUCGGGAAGACACGCGUCGAUGAUAAGGUCGAUACACGCGCGUCGAGAGCGCGCAAGGUUUUCGCCUUUACUUCGGCCACUUUGCCCUCGAAGUCUAUGUCGUCAUCGCCGAAACCUUGAGAAAAUCCCCUCUCCCGGUCGGGAGGAUUUGGGACAUUCAUCUGGAAUAUUGAUGAGAAGGCAGCUCGUUUUUCGGGAACGUUGCUAAUCGGCUGGUUAAAUCUAUGCAAAUGUUUAAACCGUUCCUCGCGGUCUCGACGUGACGAAAUACGGUUACAUUCCGUGAUACCGCGAGACGGUUACGACGCGAUACGAUAUCGAGUUUCUUGUUAAGUCCGACCGAAAUGAGUUACGUCGCGAAUGUACAGGAUAUGGGAUUUAUUUAUGCGGGGUCUCCGCUCCGAGUCGUCCGCACUUUGCGGAGCUCGAUCGAGAUGUUUCGAUCAAAUCAAAGUUUCGUUUGAUACAUGCAACGCCGGAACAUCCGAGCCUCCCCCUUUGGCUUCGACUCACAAAUUUGUACCGCUCGCAAACUUGUUGAGCGCGAACGAGCGAAUGCAGCAAACGCAGCAGAAGUUAUUACUAUUUGUUCAGGAUCCGUUACAACUGUGACCGCCACUAAAGAGAAUACGAAGGAUAGGUAUCUCGUUUCGGCUGUUCCUGCGGCUGACUAAAGUUGUUCGCGUUCAUAGACGUCCUGCGUUAUGAGUCUCGAUAUCGCAUAAAUAAUUCAAGGCUUCGAUCGGAUGAAAUACCGAUUACGAUGUCGCAAUGCUAACUCAAAAUUUAGGUAUUCCUGUUGCUACACCUUCGCAAGGUCUCGAUAUCCGUUCGUCUAUGCGGAAGCGUGUGUCCUCCGAUUAGCUCGAAUAAACGGUAGUCUAUUGCGUAAAUAGGACGAAUUAAUUUGGAUAUAUUUACGCAAUACCUUCUCGCGCUCAUUUUUUGUUCCGUCAGAGAGAUACGAUCCAUUUGAAAAAUGAUGGAACGUUCGGGCGAACGGCAGUUCACGCUAUUCCGUUUGUUCGUUUAUUUCGGACGCGAACCGUUUUUACCACAAAAAAAAGGUAUCUUUCCCAGGACUACUUCAAAGAAAGACGGAUGCCCGGACGAGCGACGUUAGGCCAUUUGCCUACGUACCGGCAAAACCGGCGCCAGCACCGACUCUUCUGCCAAAAAUAAUGGAACUUUCAUUUAUUUACGUUAUUACCAUCGAAAAAAACCGAUGCCGCCCCCGGUUUUGUCGGUCAUGUGCAACCGGCGUUACAAUUUAAACGGGAUCUCGUGCGCGGUGGUUCGAUGCACGAAAAUAAUUAGGGUCAGGCGGUUAUGCAAUGGACGCGCUGGAAAAAAAUAGAGGACGCGGCAGCCAGGGGCCCAAUCCAGCGACCCAAGCUCGUUAAAGAGGUCUCGGAGAUAUUUUUAUUUUACUGUCCAUCUUUUCCUGUUUUCGGGCGGUCCUCACUGGGAGUCGACAUCCGGCGCGUGGACCAAUCGUCAAUUCGCAACGGAGAGUCUAGGGACUUUGAACGCUUCUCGUCGAAGGGGGAAAACGCGAACGAGGAAAGUUCGAUCGGGGGCAGUUCGGCGUGUGAGAAGAGCGUCGAGAUUCUUGGAAUGCCUCGAAAGUAUCUCCGGCCCGAAGCGACUCGCUCCAUUGUGUUCUGGUUUCCGAGAGUAAAACCAUUUGCCCGCUCACCAGCACCAACUUUUCUAUCAGAAAUAAUGUAACUUUCAUUUUUUUUAACACUAUUAUCGACGGAAAAACCGGCGCGGGAGCAAACGGCCUAAAGGAGACGAGGGGCUAUUCACUUAGAAAUUAGUGAAAACGAUUUUUUUCUUUAAGAGCCCUUGAUUUCAUAUGAUAAACAGCAAUGCGAUGCGAUAAUAAGGAAAGUUUGGCUUUAAAAUUGUGAGAAGCGGUCGAUGAUUUUCAACGAUUUCCAGCUGAUUCCAAGCGUUAAAAUCCAUGACUUCUGAGUGAAUACCCCCUCGAAAGGAGGACGGCGUCGACCGUCCGGGCGCUUCGCAGGCGACAUUUAUAAAUAAAGAUUUCGUUUUAGAGGGAGAAGGUGAAAGGAAGCGCUUUAUGGCCGGCAAUUGAACAGAAAUCUGGAAAAGACCGGUUCGAUCCCGCCUAUGCCGAUGCUAUAUUGGGAGAAAAGGAUGGCGACGAGCGAACGGAGCAGACGCGCUCGAUGUGUUCGCAAAACGAUGGGACUAUUGAUCCCACGAGCGAACGCACGGCGGUACCCGUUCGUCGAUUGAGCGGUCUUCGCUUCCGGAAUCAAUCCGACUCGCGUUUCGUCCUCCCUCUUUAUAUUUUAUAUGUGGGCUUUUUUCAAAAUGAAACACUGCCCCAAAGAAGCGGGGGCCCGGUGGGAAUACUUUUAAGCCGCUUCGUCGAAUUCCCGCGAGAAUCCUCGAGGCACGAAACAGAGGCUCGAGCGUUAUGUCGAUUACCCACGGUUAUUACUAAAAGUACCGCCACCGAAUGCGAGGAGCGACCACUGAAUUAAUUGCGUCGUCGAGUAUACGAUAACUACCCAGAUAGACAAAGUGAUGCAAAAAUUUGCAUCAAAUUUGCCUCAUAGAAUAUCAUGAAACGAGUCACGAGGGUGUUGCUUAUGAGGAGCAAAUGGUCUGCAAACUGUUUGCAAACGAUUUUCCUCAUCAAAUGAUAAUCGUGAAUUUCUAUCUGGGUAUCUUUAGAGAUUAAGCUUAUCAUUUAGUGUAUCAACGCGAAGCGAGCAUUAAUACCGGUGUACUUUGGGGUCUGGGGUAUAAUAUCCUAAUGUGCCAUCACCAACACGCGAUGAUAUAAUCCGCCUUUAAGCGAACAAUGCGACACGGUCGAGAUAGAUUUCGGUCGGUCUCGAAUCUUUGGGAACGUUUCGAGGAGGAACGCCAGUUCCUCCUCGAGAAACUUAAAACGGCCCCUCCUCGACAUUAUUUGUUUAUAAAAAUUCCGUAGCCCGCGGCGUCCCUAGUUUCCAUUCACGGCAAAGUCUCGUUAGAGCUCCAAUGUGAUACGGAAUAAUGGCGGGCAGCGCUUUUCUCGCGAUGCCCUCCUUUUCUCCCUUUAUCGGCCGUUGGGCGCGAAACUAGGUUAUUCCGUCUGCGCGUGCAUCAAAUUACCAGGGGAAUGAUAAGCAACCGUUUCAAGGCUGAGGAACCUUUUUGGGCCGCGUGGUUCCUCCUUUGUGACGUAACGUUAAGAGGCGUUGGAGCAUAAUUGAAGGCACUCCCAGGAGGGGACCUUACGCCCUCUUUUCGCUUCCCUCUCGCGUUUCUCGCCAUAUCGGUGGUAUUCCUGCCACGAGCCAUCCACGAAGGACGAAAGUAGACCCUCGUUCUUCCCUCGGGGAUGCUCGUUGCCAUGGCCACGAGGACACCGUGCCGCUUGUUGCUUGUUGCUUGUUGCGCCGCUCCUGGUUCCUCUCCUCCAACAACUUUUCAUGGGGACUUUGCUCAAGGCUUUCUCGAUAAUAAUUCUUUGUAAAAAGGUUUGCGAUUACGCAACGGUGUUUCCGGCCAACCUGUUCGGUGGACAAAGAUUCUGGUGGAUGAUCGAUUCUCUUCUUCAGGGUCGAGUUCAUUAGUAGUCUAAUUACGUAGAGUUACCGCAACUUCUUUAUCGUUCAUGAAACUUUUUUCCGAACUGGGUGUACCGAAUAGUUCCAUCCUUUACAACGUGACUAUAGAGACUACAAGGAAGGUCUUGACCGCAAUUAAAUUUCAUUUUUUUAUAACAAAUUUUAUUAAUAUCCAUAAACAAAUUUAAAAAUGCGAAAUCAGUUUUUUUUUUUAAUUUCGAUGGUUCGGCCUCAAUAUACCAUUGGCUUUUCCAUUCGACCGGACGCGAGGGCCAAGUCGCCCAUCCAAGCACCGACCGCGCCCAACGUUGCUUAACUUCUUUAAUCUUACGAAAACCGGUACUCGCAUCG